CGCCACGGUCGCCCGACCUGCGACGCACGAUCAAGAUGCUGCCGGACGACGAGCGGUCGCUGGAGCGCAUGCGCACGCAGCUGUACGCGCCCAGCACGUCUGCCUUCUUCUCCUACAACAAGGUGCCCUGGGAGCUGCACGUCAGGAAGGAGGUGUUUUCCCCGGGAGAGAAGUUUGGCGAUCCUCUCGUGCUGGAUUUAGUUUUCCGACAAAUCUACAAGGAUGUCAUGUCAAACACCUGUAUCCGCAUUAACAGACACGAGUGCAGAGCAAUGCGCAACAAACUGG